UCUCUUUAAGAAUGCAGUAAGAUGGACUUGCUGAUGAAGGAAACAGAGGGAAGCCACCAGUUGAUUGGCCACAUCGCCAGCCAAGUGUAUAAAUAUAGUAAGAAAGAAAACAUGAUGCUGCAAGAGAAAUUCGGGCAUSGCCCCUACAUUUGGGACACAGCAGGCGUCGAUGUCAAAGGUCAUCAGUUAACAUAUGGAUCAUGCGCGUGUUUACAGUGCUUGAUGAAAAUACCCCCGGAAGAACCACCAAAGCACCAUGGUGCCCAGCUCCAACUACCACUUUCCAAGGAAUGUCCAGGGUUUGAGGUUCUUAUCCAAGARAUCGGAGAUCGACAUUUCAUCGCUAUUGGGGUGGUUUGCCGUGAUCAUGACCUUCACAAAUUCCCCGGAUGGAAAGGCAAUGCCGCAGGGUAUCACGUUGAUGAUGGAAGAGUCUAUGCUCGGGAUUAUCCAGAUAUUGGAAAAGAGUGCAAAGGUAACUUUUCCCUAUACGUCUCGACAUCCAACUCUGAAUGUUUUUGCUCUAUUCUUGAAAUUUUAUUUGAUUUUUUGUGAGUCCAAAUAGAGUUG